GGAAUAACAGUCCUGCCAAAUAGAUAAACUUGAAUAUCCCUCUUUGUGCUUUAUUGGCGUGGCUUCAUCACGAUACCGAAUAUAAUCAUGGCUAGAGGUGGUGGAAUUAGAGGUAGAGGAGGAAUGAGCAGAGGUAUCGGAGGCAGACCACCAUACAAAGCAAAGAUGUUUUUGCCAAGACAUCCCUUCGAUUUGGCCCUAUGCGAAUCAUCAUUUCCGAGAGUAAAACCAGCUCCAGAUGAGACUGCAUUCACAAAUGCUUUGUUGAAACGUAAUACAGAUUUAUCUCCUACACCAGCUGAGCAGACUGCCAUUCUUAACUUGGUAACCAAAAUUCAAUCGGUGCUGGAUAAUCUUGUUGUAGCACCAGGAACAUUUGAUGCUUGUCAAUUGGAUGAAGUACGUCAAGUGGGUUCUUUUAAGAAAGGAACAAUGGUUACAGGCCACAAUGUAGCUGAUAUAGUUGUAAUAUUAAAAACUCUUCCAACAAGAGAAGCAGUUGAAGCUCUGGGUAACAAAGUAAAAGAGGAUCUCAAAAACUUGAUGAAAAGUGAGGUAGUUCCAAAAGGAGAGCAACUAACUCACACAACAAAUGAAAGAGGAAUUGAAAUCAGUAACAGUUUUGCAUGCGUCAGGGUGAUGGUGACCACAUUGCAUCACAACAUCAGAAAAUUGGACCCUGAAAUCCAUUUAGACCAAAAAAUUAUGUUAAGUCAUUUGGCUGCUAUCCGUCACAGCAGAUGGUUUGAAGAAAAUGCCCACCAUUCCUCCAUAAAAGUUCUCAUUAGGCUGUUGAGAGAUGUUAGAAAUCGUUUUGACAGAUUUGAGCCUCUAACUCCAUGGAUGUUGGAUUUGUUGGCACAUUUUGCCAUUAUGCAUAACCCAAGCAGACAAGCUUUGCCUAUUAAUGUUGCUUUCAGAAGGGUGUUCCAGCUUUUAUCGGCUGGUUUGUUCCUACCUGGUUCUGCAGGUAUAACAGAUCCCUGUGAAGGCGUAAGCCCCAGGAUUCACACCGCCAUGACCUUGGAACAACUGGACUUGUGCUGUUUGACAGCUCAAACUUUGUUAAGAGUUUUGGCACAUGGUGGUUACAAACACAUUCUUGGCUUGGAGGGAAAUUGUUCCAUUGCCAAGGAAAUGUCCGUUUGGGAUGGUGUUGUAGUUUCACCACUCGACAAGGCAUAUGAAAAUCCACCAGAAAAGAAGGAAGGAGAGGAUGAAGAUGAGGAUAUGGAAGCAGAGGGGGAUGAAAGCAUGGAAACGGCUGACAACUAAACAAAUUUAAUGUGUACUUUUGUGUGAAUGAGUUUUGCAUUACCAGUUUUAGUUUACUGCACUCUCAAUAGGAUAGUCCAGUUGUAUGUAUGUAUUAUUUGCAUGCUAUAAAGUAUUGAAUUGUCGUAAUUGUUUUAUUCUAGGUUUUAAUUAGGUAUUUAUACCUCACAAACUCUACACUCUGGAUGUUAGGAUUUUAAUGUAUACAUGUAUGUAUUUGCAAAUACAUUUUCAAAGAAAAUA